AUGGUGAAAAAUAUUCGUUCGGCAAAGGCCGAAACAGUGUCACCCCCCAUGGUUGAUAGGUAGGCAACCUGAAUAUGGUUAUUAUUAAUAACGAAUACUGUUUACCAAAUUUCGCCUGUAUGACGUGUCUGACACUCUUGUCGUCAGCUCGUCAUAACCGGCCAAUGUGCUAACUCGUUGCACAAUUGGUGUCCUAACUAACUUAUCAUCAAUGGCCACUGAGCCGUCUGCAACUGUAUUACUAAUGACUAGGUUUCCUUUUUGGAUACAUUUAAAUUGUGUGAAUGAACCAACAUGCUGGGCAAGUGGUCCAUCUGUAUGCUGCUGUUUACACGUCCACUCCUUAUUAAUGUGGAUAUCACUUGCCACUGACUGCAAUUCCCCUAACCUACGCACUACUUGUUGCAAUGGCUGGAAAGGUUUCCUAAGCAGACGCUUUAAUCUGCCUAGGUAACUUUCGAAAGGAAAGGAUGAAAAAGCGUCAAUCGGACCAUGUCGUGUUACAUCGUCCGCCAAGUGCACAAUGCUGUGAACAUUAUGCACCCUUUCUUUCCUACCGUACAAAGACGCAAAUUUAUCGACAAACAUGCGUAAUACACGGCUGCAAAACGGAACCCACUGUCUGCAUGAGCGAGGCCGUACUAGGCAGCGUACUGCUGUAAGAAGCAGUAAGAAGUGCUUCCAAAACUUACGUGGAAGCACACCAUAAAGAACAACUACGCCAGUGUACAACAAGAAUUGGCGCAGUUCUGUGCCCUUCCAAGUGUCCAUGUCAUUUAAUGACCUAGCGCGCUGCGAAAAUUCCCUCGGCAGGUACGAGUUCAACGCGCGCAAGUUAUUAUUUAUUGUCGAUACUUGCGAUGUAGACAACCUACAUGCUCUGUCCCUAGGGCUGCGCAGCCUAAGGUUGAGAAGUCUUCUCAUUACACCUAGGUACACCAAAUGUAAAGGAUCUAAGGGGAAGGAGCUUACCAUUCCCACGUUGCACGCCAGCAAUGGCGACACGCCAAUGCGGUGGCAGUCAUCGUCCCUGGAAUAAAAAUCUUCAUCUGUCCUAGCAUGUUCGGAGACACUAUCAUAAACUAUCUUAUCAACGUACUCUCCCUUAACGCAGCAGCGUUCGCAGCCAUAGUAAGCAUUAACAUUUUUAAUCUGCUUAAUAAAAGCUCUUGCCGGGGCAUCACAUAUGACGGAAGCCAAACGGAAGCGCAGAGUUCUGUCACCCGCAUCCAGCUGCAAACCGUGUUCAUUCAACGACAAUAAAUCGUCGACCAGCGGUUGGCAGAACGCCUGCACGUCCGAAGGCUUACCAACUCCACAGUAUAUACCAACUGUGAAAACCUUACUUAAUAUUGGCUUCCUAAUUCUGCCUAAAAUAGGCUAAAAUUCACGCUUGGUCUUCCUAUGGAUUGGAAGACCAUCUAUUGCUAGACUUACAACUACUUCUUCUACCGAAGGGGACAAAGCUAGAUUACGCAAAUGCGCGUUGACCUGAGUGGCAAGACCCAAAUGCAUAUACUCACCGCUGACCAUUGCCGUGCUCGGUGCAGAGACGUAUUUCGCGCCCAACAGCGUUCGUGCGUCAGCAGGGAGGUCCGGCAACCACGGUUUCAAAGUCUUCAGCAGAUCGUUCAAGUGAGAAUGCGGAAUUUUUGACCGUAAAGCCCACUUUCGCAAACUUUCACGAGAGCUUGCAUCCUCCUCCUCUACUUCGGCCGUUGAACCAACUUCUUCGUCCGUAAACACACUGCUACCCUCCAAGGAAGAAGAGCGUUCGUUCACCAGCGAAGUUGAAGACAUAGACACGUCCGUGUCGCUUUCAGACCAACUAUCGGAUGAUGUGUCCGACGACGGCAUUCCCUCCACCUCUUCGCUGAUUCUUCUUAUUAUUUCUUCAGUUUCUCGGCGCGCUUGACACCGUAUUUUACGCCUAGUGACAGGAGUAAACAUAACUGUGAGUAAAAGGAGACACAAGGGAACACAAAGACAAAGAUAGUUAGGGUAGGCAACGUCAGCGUAGAGCGAGACACGGCGUGCGCAGUGCAGCGUGGGAUAGCAAAAAGUGGCACCGGCGAGAGCCGGAGGACUAUCGGGCACCGUAGUUAAUCGAUAAUCAAGUGCACGUAUGCGCGGCCGCUUGCGCCCUUCGCGACGCCGGCGCAGGCGAGCCGGGAACCAAUCAAAUCGCGAGCAGGCUAAAGACCCACUACCCCCUCAAAGUACGCUGGCUCGCGGCGAGCUGGCUUGCUAUUAGGGAUGCUGACACCUGCUCUGUUCUCGGUCACGGUUCUAGCACCCAGAGACGGUGGGGAGGCCGCCAGCUUUCCUCAUUUAGCACGUGCUCUGCGGGGCAUUACAGACAAGAUAAGUUUUUCGUUACAGUAGAAGGAUCAAAACGUUGCUAAAGUACAGAAAAGCGCACUGAGUAGCAAGUACUACUGAUAUUUAACUACGAAAACUAGAACGAGAUAGUCUGGAACGGAGUCACUAAAAAGGUUUUUACAAUUUACGACUAUUUUGCCAGACUGUCAAACAAAACUGUGAAACAUCAUACCUUGUAUUGAAAGGCGACUUUUAAAGGGACUCAAGUAAAAAACAGGCAUUAAUUGCUUAAGAAUAUCCAAGUAAAUGCAAAGCUUCACUAAUCUUUGAAAUUGAGCUGCGAUCCUUGAAUUUGACAUUUCGUGCACCCUCAAUAGCAGAUGUGUGAUUCAGAAUGUUACGAAUAUUAAAAAUAUGCUUCCGUUUUAACCCCUCAGUUUCGGUGAUCUUUACCCCAAUAAAUUUAAGGGCCUAUUCAACAGCUUUUUCUGAACUACCGUUAACAUCGCCUUAUAUCAACUGAUCUACUAUUUCGUUAGAUGAUGUACCGCUAAGACAGGUAGCGGCGCAGUUUUUAGUCAUAUCUAGAGAAGGCUGCGAACACACACUGGCGCCGGUUUCUUCUCCGGUCAGGGUUCUAGUUCUCAGAGCUGGUGAAAAGGCCGUGAGCCUUUUUUUAACAAGUCCUCUUGGGGCAUUGAAUGGUACGAUACAGGUUUCCCUUGCAGUACAAGAAUUAAAAUUUGCAAACUUACAGUAAAACACACAAUACAGCAAACGCCACUGUUAAUUUGUUAAAAUAACUAGAAGAAGACGGUGUGACACGGCGUCAGUAAGCAAGCGCUUUGCGAAAUGCAGCUAAUCUACCGGACUAUAAUAAGGCUAGGGAGAAAUUGUACCUGGAAAUAAAAAGCGACUUUAAAGAACUCAAUCAAAAAUACGCAUUCAUUGUCCAGGAAUAUCCACUUAAAGACAAAACAUCGAUUUUCUUCGAAAUUAAGCUGUGUGACUCAACAUCUGGUGCGCAUAUUCUACACGCACAACUCGGCAUUCACAGAUGUAGAUAAGGGCUGUCCGAAUGGAUGUACGGUACACGCAGAGCAUCGUGGUGACGCAGAUGUCGCUUCAGAUCCCAAAAUAACUCUAUGUCUUGAAAAAAAACGGAAGACAGUAACGACCUGGUAGACAGUGUCACCACGAAAUAUUUCAGUAGCACCAGUUGGAUAUUCUUUUACUAUGCUAAAUCCUAGUGAACUAGUUUACUCCGACGGGAGCAAAUAUUCAAAGUAUCUCAAGCAACCUUAGUCUCUAUUCGUCACAUCGGGCUUAGUGGAACAUAUCUGAGAAAACGCAUCGAGGUUUAGACCACCCACUUUCCUUUCAGGCGCAAAUUUGUAUCGUCUUAGUAAGUUAUAAUUCUAAUCUGUUAUCUGCGUUUCUCUAAAUUUGCAUUAAGAUGGAAGUCUGUGGGAUAUUGCAUAUGUAAUAUUACACCCCGAUAUAUAUAAAUAUACGCAUGUAUUGAAACGUAGGCAUCCCAAGAAAUAUAAGUUGAAGUUAAAGGCGUUCUUUGGGAAAAUAAACUUUAUUGCGUAAAUUUUCGACGCCGGUUCCCCAGGUCGUCGUCAGACGCAGACUGAGAGUAAAUGUGCCGACAACAGUUAACAUCUGGCAGCGCAGGUGGAAAAAUCGAUAAUCGUUCGCGUUUGUGCCCGUGAGCGGAUUAACUAAAGGAAGAGCCGUGGCCUCCAGUUUCUGCAUUGUGAUCUCGGCAAGGAAGCCAGAGAUAGGUGACCCCAUUUGGGCUCCCUUCAGUUGUUGGUAGUACUGUUGGUCGAACGAAAAAUUGGUUUCCAUACACAGGUCUAAGAGCUCGAGUAAGGCAAUAGCGGGAACAUCCGUGUCACAGGAUUGCAGGAGGUCCUCUGUGCACUGUUUCGCCAAUUCUAACGGUAUGGACGUGAAGAGGGAGACAACAUCGAAGGACACCGUGAUCUCGUCAGAGGAAACUGUGAUUCCUUUUAAUUUCUUUAGAAACUCUGCAGAGUUCUCAAUCGACGUUUCACAAUUCCUAGUAAGUGGAUGAAGUUUUUGGAAUAGCCACUUUGAAAUUUUGUAGUUGGGUGCUCCGAUUAGCGAUACUAUCGGUCGUAACGGCGCUUCAGCUUUGUGGACUUUGGGUAGUCCAUAGAUCCUAGCAAUGGUGGGUUCAGUUUGUUUCAAGUGUUUAGCUAUUUCUCCCGACAACAACUGAAGGGAGCCCCAAUGGGGUCACCUAUCUCUGGCUUCCUUGCCGAGAUCACAAUGCAGAAACUGGAGGCCACGGCUCUUCCUUUAGUUAAUCCUAAAUUGUGGUUGAGAUACGUGGACGACACAUUUGUGAUCGUUAAGAAGGAUCAACUAGAAACGCUCCACAAAACCAUUAACUCAACAAUGCCGGGGAUUAAAUUCACACUCGAGAAAGAAGUUGACAAAAAACUCCCAUUUUGAAUGUUCUUGUGCAGCGGAAGACCGACGGAACGUUGCGCACAUCGGUGUACCGCAAACAAACCUAUGCGGAAGUCAUUCUACACUACGAGAGCAACCACCCCAUUUCCCACAAACGGAGUACGGUCAACUGUCUGCUUAACCGGGCAAAAACACACUGCUCGGACGAAGAAGGCUACCAGGCCGAACUAAGUUACUUGUGUGAAUUAUUUUCCCGAAAUGGGUAUCCCAAGAAUUUUGUGCGCCGAUGCAUGAGACAGAAAAAGUCAAAAGAAACGGAACAAAGAGCUUCCAGCCAGGCACCCAAGCCAAAUACAUGGCGAACUCUCCCUUAUAUCAAUAACGUGUCUGAACUCGUGGAAAGGCGCCUAAAUAAGCACCAAAUUCUGGUGGCACACAGACCAACGACUACAUUACGUACUCAGAUAGUACACCCUAAGGAUAGGGUCGGCUAUUUGGAUAGAAAGGAAGUAGUCUAAAAGAUCCCGUGUGGGGCCUGUGAUCCAGUUUAUUGUGGUCAAACAGGAAAAUCCGCCUCUACACGCAUUCACGAACACCAACUUGCAGUAAAGAGGCGAGACCACCUGUCUCAAGUAGCCAUGCAUACCCUGGACACGGGGCAUACGUUUGCUUGGGACAGAACACGGAUUGUCGGCGCCUGCCCCUUCAAGAAAGGCCGAGAGUUCCUUGAGGCCAUGCACUCGGACGAAUCGUGCAUCAACCGUCACAUCGAGUUGGACGCCGCGUACAAAAGUCUCAAGGAGAAAUGGAAGAGACGAGAGCCAAUCGGCACAGAAUGACGCAAAUAGCGGCCGUUCACGGGCACAAACGCGAACGAUUAUCGAUUUUUCCACGUGCGCUGCCAGAUGUUAACUGUUGUCGGCACAUUUACUCUCAGUCUGCGUCUGACGACGACCUGGGGAACCGGCGUCGAAAAUUUACGCAAUAAAGUUCAUUUUCCCAAAGAACGCCUUUAACUUCAACAUAUAUAAAUAUAUAUAUUCACUUAUUUAUAGAUGUGCAUAUGCACUUCAUACAAGAAAUCAAAUAAAGUUGUAGUUAAUAGCUUGAGUUAUCAAUUACACCUGUGUAUAAUUACUUGUAUACAAGUGCCUGCAGACACUUUUAUAUGGGUGGCAGGAAGAACACAUCUAGGACCUUAAUUAUAAUCAAGGGUCUUAAUUAAGACCCAAGACUUUAUUCGCAUACACUAAUUCUCUGUUGCCACACGCGAAGUUGUGAAAUCCGUUCGAAUAUUUGGAGCAUUAGCAGUCGAAUCACCGGGUUAAGUCAUGCACACGUGUGAAACUUUUUAUUGCUGUACAGUAACCAUCACAUUGGCUUUUACAAGAGGCAGUUGGACGUUCGUUCGGGAGCAACAGUCGGUGAAUUGACCCUUUUCCACGUCAAAUCAGCUGCACGUUUCAGUUCAUCCGCGGACGUUAUGUUAAUAUUAACGGGCCUGUUUUUUCCAGCCGUUUAGGUGGGCAAGAGGAAGUGUUUCGUAGCCGAAGGAGCCAUACCUAAUGCAUAAAUACUUGUCAUUCUAAGCGCUUAUCUUACUCCUCGUCGUGGUUUUCAUAUGUCGUUCACUGACCUAAAGUUUUAGCAUAUUUAUCUUCAGGUUUGCACAGGCUGAGAUUACGAAGUAAGGCGUUAUACAAUGGUAUUUCUGAUCAUGCUCAAGUACAUUUGACUUUAUGACAGUUCGGUCGUUGCUCUCACCGACUUCUAUAGUGUGCUCGUAACAGAUGGACAAAAAGAUAGUGACAUGGGAGUGAGUUGGUUUUUAGCGAUAACAGGCUUGUACCGCAUCUACAGCAUUCCUUCCUUCACUGAUCAUAUGCGCCCGGUGUCAAGAAGACUCAACGAGACCGCAGGCUGGAUCCGGCAAAAUCACUGGCAGGACUAAAUGGCCCAUAUACGUGUGCCACAAUACCGGGUCUAAAUGCAAUGGAACGGGCUAUCAAGUUCGACUUCAUAAGUAAAGCAAAAAUGGGACGUAUGCUCUAUCCUAAAUUACCAGGAUAUAUUUGGGCUUCACCGCUGUGGUUACUCAUGUACCUUACUCAAGUUGCAGGGAUCUGGAAAAUCUUAACAAAUACUUCUUAUGCUUUCCCGUUUGAUUUGUUAACAGUAAAUUCAGUAUUAACCAAAUGGAUACUCGACAAUGCUCUGCAGACUUCAAUUGGUCUUCCUUAAGUUUUUGCUGUUUUGUAUGCAGGCUGAUCCACCCUUUUAUGUUUAAGAAGGCUGCAUAUAUAAUUUUUAAACAUUAACAGCCAAUUUUAAUUUGGGCGUUUGCAUGAUUAUUUAUAUUAACCUCCAACAAUUAUUGAUCCGCAAAGUGCAAUCAAGUCUAAAAAGAUGAAUCUCCCUGACAAACGUGGGCCAGCUUCCCACUUUAGGAUGUUCACAUUUCCUCCUCUGACAAUUUCUGUUGAAUUUUUAAGAGAGUAAUUUACUUUUUUAAACAAGUUUUUUGUCUGGUAUUGCUUUGUAAACUGUAUUGGCUUCCUCCGUUUUCUUGGACAUUGGUUUUGCAUCGGCACACUCUGAAGGCUGUUUAUCAUUUCACUCAUUGGCGUGCCACCUGCAGUCUCAUAGUUUUUGUUUCAUUUAAUGAAACUAUUUUGGUGAAACAUUCGAAGAUAUAUCUAUCUGCUUAAGUAAAGCAGAUAAGACACCAAAACUCUUUACAUAGCUUACUGUUUUGUUUCGGGCGCUUACCAAUUUUAUGCUCCGGAGGGAAAACUUGGUAACAUAUGUUGGCAAGACUGUCACCAUUAUAACAAAAAUCACCAAACAAGACAACAUCUGACGUUAAAGCAGCCUGUAGUCACCAGUUUGAGCGAUUUUGCUAGAUAUAUUCCACAAUUUUGAACAAGCAUGUACACAUUUAAGUCUGCGUGCACCAAUAAGUCAUCCCCUCUUACGUUGUUUUUAUUUAUUGAUUCGAAUUUACAUUAACGACCUUUUAGGAGUUUUGCUUGCCCUUUAACAAGAUCAGUAAUUAGUUACACCGCAAUGAGAACGACGGUCAAAACACCUGCUUAUAGUGAAAUCAAACUUAAAUAAGGGGAACAGCAAAGUGCCAGUAGUCAGUCGUCCGAAGGGAGUGCUUUGCAGUUUAAGACUUGGAAAUAGAGUGAAUAAGGCAUCUAACGCCCCAAAUGGGUCAAGAAACAAUAAUUUUUACAAAAAAUACGGAACAACGCUUUCGACGGCCUAUUUCUGUACUUAUUAGUCCCUUGUUCUGUGCUAUGCGUGCUUUUUGCUCAUAUCUUAAUUAUACAUUUUUCUUUUCCAUCAACAGCCAGCGUUACGAAAUGUUUACCACAAAAAGGUUAGUUCUAAGUUCUCUUUCGUUUUUAUGACGUCCUACAAAAUUGUAAGUCGUUUUAGUUUUUGUUAAAUAAAUGAGGCGCUCACUAUUUUGACUUAUCAUUGGCCUCCUAGGCUGAAUUUGUGGAGCAACUUUGGAGAUGGUUUAAUUUAACUUUCUCUGACAUUUAAAACACUACGAUUCACUAGGUUUUUGUGAAGUUGUAAGUAUAAACAUCAAAAACUGUAUUGUUAAAACGUCAGGUUUUACUUCUUUCGCUUUAACUUGUUGUUACGUCUCCCUAAAACCAAGAUGGGGCCUACUUUACAUUGCUUCAUGACCUAAAAUUUUAUUCCUUUGAGUCAAAGCAAGCGAAAUCAAGCAAGAUUGAUAUAUGUUUUGCUCCCUACGAGUGGUUUAUUUUGAUAAUUGUCCUUUCUGAUAUCCGUUAGUUUUUAACGACAGAGAUCCGAUCCAGCUGGUUUAAUUUGCUUUUCUGCAUUCUAAAAUAAGAAGCCAGGGAAUUGAAUUGUAUAAGUAUUUCCCAUACUGACAACACAGUUACUAUCUAAAAGCUCACACACGCGUGUUUCGUCGAUCUUAUGUCGCUGCCUGACGCAGCUGCGAGGACUGCGGCUCAUCAGUGUGUCUCCCGGCCUCCUCUAUGUAUUUUCCGGUAUAUGAACUUCAGUUUCAUCUUGCUUUGCUUAUUUUCCAAGAAAAUCAGUCUGAGAACUCGGAAUAAAUCCCCUAGCACACACCUUUUCAGACACGGUGAGCUGCGUUAGGCAGCAGCACAAGACCAGCAAAAUACGCGCAUCUGGGACUUUAGCUAGUACCUUUGCUGUCAGUACGGCAAAUAAUUACACGCUGCCUGUUGGCGGUUUGCGAUAAAUACGCAGUUGUGCCGCAGUGGCCGAUGGAUUUCAGCCAAAAUAUCCAUAUCAAUUCUCGGACCCUGCCCAAAAAGGUCUGUUCCAAAAGAUUUACUUAAAGUUUGCGCAUAAAUUUCGUCUGGAAUUAAACAGGGCAAGGUAGGGAAUUCAUAUACGCUCAGUGACGUUAUUACUCGUCAGCCAUGUUUUUCGAAAUGUCAGGCAAAAAAUCUCUCAAUUUCGGAACUAAUGUUUAAAAACUGUAACUUUUAAGCUGAAAAAUUUUAUAUCUUAGCAGAACUAUCGUGUAUCGUUCGAUUUUUCUCUUCUACACAAAACUUAUAGUGCACAGUAAGGUCAUGCACUUUCUUUGCGUUAUUUUCAGAUCUGAAAAUAACCCAAUUAAAUUGACGGAUGACGCUGCUUACCUCAUCAAGGAACUGGGACAAGCCCUGAAGGAAGCCUUAACCGAGGUUGUUAUAAGGAAGCCUCGGGAUCCCAUUGAGUUUAUCGCUCGCUUUCUGCAGCGUGUAUUCGAAACAAGGGAAUAUGAGAGACAAGUCAGUUUACAAACUAUUACACCAUUUUAUCCUUCGUUGUAUGCUUCUGAUGCUAUUUUGAUUCUUUCAGUGUUGUAUCCAACAGGUGGAGAAUAUCCCCAAAUUUUUAUCCGCUCUGGUCAUUAGGAGACCAAAAACUGAAAUAUGCAUAACUCAGGACUUCUUCCCCUUUCCUUCAGGCUGAAGAGGAUUUUCAGCGGGAAAAGGAGAUCGAAAGGGAAUUGGCGGAGAAGCGCGCCAACGCACUUCGACUUGGCAACGAACGCAAGAUGAUUGAAGCCGAAAAUCUGGCUAAGGUUAGAAAAAUUCAUAAAAGCGAAGAUUUACUCGAAGCCAUUGCGUCUGUUUCCACAAAACUAGAUUUUUUCUUUAACGUAGGACAGACUUACAGCUGUAGUGUACUUUUCGAUGUCCAGAUUAAUUAAGAAUUGUUAAUCAGUACGAUUUACUACCUAAACUCAGGAAGUGAGAAUGGAUUCUUUUGAAUUGUUUGUCAGUCCUCAAUUUUGAAACAAAACAAAAAUCUGCUGUUCCAUCUUAUAACUAGGAUAGAUCGCUGAGGGUCACUUCCAUGCAAGCAAAAUCGUUGAUAAAGCUCGCUUCUUCCUUCUGAUUAAUAAUUUUUAUUAAGGGGAUCUUUUAGUUUGAAACAGAAUACCUAUAACGUAUCCUUUACGUGUUAUUCAAAUAUGAAUAAGAAACCUGAGUAAAAAUCAUUCACCUUUUAAAGUUUCGUUUGGUCUGUUUAAAAAUUACAAAUUGCAUGCAUUCCACAACGUCACUUUUAUUAUGGUUAACAUAUUAACUUAUCCGGAAGCUCACGACUCUAGGUAACAUAUGCUACAAACAUAUCGCUACCGAAUUUAUGCAUUAGUGACAUCGCUGUCGUUCAUACAUGUAAGGAUCUUAGUGUGAAUAUCUGCUAAUUUGGAAGUUUGAUCUGAAAAAGGGGUUACUUGAUAGUGGCCAUUAGAACUGUGCCUCCUUGUAUAGACGGUUUCAUUUCACACUGACGGUAGAAUGGCAAAACUCUUUUCAGCGCAUGAUUAUUUUCCUGCCCCUUGCUAUUCUGUCCAGUUUUAAUUAAAUGAUAAAUGUAUGUAAUGGUACUGGAGAUAAUUUGUGGAAUCUGUAACUGAAGGUAGGUAAAAUAUGCCUAAAUACUGCAUUCUGAAAACGGCCCUCCAUUAUCCCUGGGAUUUAUAACCUCUUAUUUCGUUCAGAUUGUUUUGUACUGUUUUUUGAGCGCCAUAACCUACCUUUGUUAGAUCAACUGAUUCUUACUUGUCCAGAGUAUUUGUUCCCUGUACUUAAUUGUAAACUAUCAAGGCGGUGUGUUUUAUAGCUCUGUUAUAAAAUAUUCUUGCUGGUAUGUUCUGAGUUUUUAAUCUCUACUUCAUAUAAACUCACGAGGAAGAUCGACUGAAUUGCAAUAUUACUUAGUACGUAGAAGGUUACCGACAAAAGCGAGAGGAGUGGUGGGCUUUUAUACGCUUAAUUGGCGGUCGCCAAGCGGUCAUGUCCUAGCUCUAGGUUUGCACAGAUCCCGGGCUCCAACUUGAUUCCAUUGACCACUGAACGGCUAGAUCGCAGUUGGUAGCCAGAACCCGUGUGACAGGUGGCGGGAGGGUUUAUUUACUGAAAUACAUUUUCGGUUAGGAGUGGUUACUUAAGUAGGGUUAUAAUAUCGCUUAUUGUGCAGCAUACUCUCAAGAUAGCUCAGUCAUGCCAGGAUGUCGGCCUUUGAACGCACAAUCUUUGAACCGGUUGCGUGAACUACGUCCUGAUAGAGGUGACUACUUAAGCAAUAUGAACCUAUCCCGUUGAUUUUCGACGUCCUUAUAUUUUCAAAUAUGAUUGAGCAGACAAGAUACAUAAAAAAUAUUCUUUCCUUUACUCUUUCAGUAUCGGACUGCGUCUUUUUUAAAUUCAGUAGUUAAUGAAAAAUAUAUCUCGGUUUUAAAGGACGUCUUGAAUACCCCGAUAAUUUUGAACCCGACUUAUCGUUACACUUGCAUUCCGGGUUUCCAUACUACAAGUUCUAUACUUUUAUUAUAAGGAAAAAGCACUUUUCUAUGCGCCAAUAAGAUGUCAUGCACAGCUCAAAAAAUUUUGUAACGAAUGUAGACCGCGUUUUUCAUUUUGUGAACAACCUCAGUAAACGUUCUGAUGCGAUGCUGCAUGGUUGGAAAAAUUAGACGUUUUUUUCUGCCAAACGGGUACAGGAAUACAUAUUUUUGUGUAUGUUUUCUAUAAAACACAGUUUGCCUUAUAGGGGCAUCGGAAGUUGCCGGGAAAAACUCAUACUACUUAAACAGUCCUUUUUUACUGAUUGCAGUUUAGGCAGCCGGCUGUAAGGAAGUUCAGUCAUGAGUCAACAUCCUGGCGUGACUGAAGUAUUUUUGGAUUAUGCUGCAUAUUAAUUAGUCAGAACAGCAUUACCGACAAAGACAAGGGAGACUGGAAUGGCCAUUUCUGGCUUAUUAGCCGUCGUCAGCCAGCCAUACCCAAGCCCGAAGUGUGGAACACCUGAGCCUCGAACUCGCGACCUGUUGGUUUAGGAGUCCACGCCUCUAUCCACCGGGCCACGAGCCCGUUGCCCUGUCGGUUUUCGAUCGGGAAUAUACAAUGUUAGGGGGCGCUCACCGAUCGUUCAUACGGAACUCACUCGUUCCGUUGUGCCUUAAGGGCUCUCUCUCGAGCCCAACCAGUCGGUAAUGCUAUUCUGCCUAUGUAUCAUGCGCCGCUGUGCGGCUGCUGGUUGGACUCGAGAGAGAGCCCUUAAGGCACAACGGAACGAGUGAGUUCCGUAUGAACGAUCGGUGAGCGCCCCCUAACAUUGUAUAUUCCCGAUCGAAAACCGACAGGGCAACGGGCUCGUGACCCGGUGGAUAGAGGCGUGGACUUCUUAACCAACAGGCCGCGAGUUCGAGGCUCGGGUGUUCUACACUUUGGGCUUGGGUAUGGCUGGCUGACGACGGCUAAUAAGCCAGAAAUGGCCAUUCCAGUCUCCCUUUUCUUUGUCGGUAAUGCUAUUCUGCCUGUGUAUCAUGCGCCGCUGUGCGGCUGCUGGUUGGGCUCGAGAGAGAGCCCUUAAGGCACAACGGAACGAGUGAGUUCCGUAUGAACUAUCGGUGAGCGCCCCCUACCAUCAUAUUAAUUAGUAUAACAACUUCAGUUAGGUAAUCUUUUCGAACUGAUAGUAUGCUUCGGAAUCUCAUCCAACAUUUCCUGAGAUAGCCCACCUACUGCGGUCACUCUCUUCAAUAAAGAUCCACUGGUAGACUCAAACCAAUAGGACUUUUUAUGCAAAUAAUUGUGAAUUAAUCAUGGUUGGAGCACUAUUCUUGCAAUAAGUGAACUAUCGCAUUUGAUAAAGGAACGAUUAGAUAAUUUUGCGAGUUACAUGUAUUUUACAAAAAGGGGGAAUAAUUUGACGGGGUGAUGGUGUGGACAUCCUGCAACAGAACUCUCACUUCCUCAAUUCUUAAGAUUCAUGGGACACGAGAGGGCGACUGAAACAGCGUAGACUCGCAGGCCUCCGUUGUUUCUUGUAAACCCUAUCAACCAUAACUAUCCAUUUCCUGCUACACCUAACUUAAUAGUUCUAUAAGUGCAGGCAGAUUAAAAAGAUAACCCGCAAUUUCUGUUGUUCACAAACAUGUACUAGCGUACUGCCACUAACAAAUAGUAAACGACUUUAAAGAUUCCAAUGACGCUGUAAGCACCCCUGAAGCCAAAUGCGCAUUGGCUUAUGCGACAGAGUCUUAACACCAUUUAGUCUCCUUCCUUACCUUUCCACCUUUUUGCACUUUUGACGUACCCGGUUAUAGCAGUCUUUACCAAGCGCCCCGGUGGCAAGGUCCUUCUCCAUUGUGAACUACUUAGCGUGCUGUCUGACUGCUUAUAAAUCAGUCAAUGCGAUUGAAUCGCGGUUGGGGUCAGCAGGCUAUAUCCUGACUUGUAUCACCCACCCACUUACCUCUCACCUGCCAGCAGAGACUGAAUCGAAUCUGUGACAUGGAAAAACUUUACCUCCUCGUCGAUAACGACGACUUUGUCUGAACGGUAACGAAGUAUUCAGCCGCGCAACAGUCUUCUCCUCUGAGCCGAUCGUUAUUGGGAAUUUUGGUAGAAUUCUGAUUUGCUCCUCGGCAAAGCAGUUGCCUCCAAAGUCGUCCUCGAAUAGUUGCACAGAUUCUAAUGACUUAAAAUUUACUCAUUUUUCAAGGAGGCCAAAGCCAGAGCCGAGAAAGCAGCGGAGGAGGCCGCAAAAAUUGAGGCCGAGCGAAUAGCGCUCAUUCAGAAUCUCGAUGGCGUCCAGGUGCCGGUAAAAGACGUGGAUCCAAAGGCGUCAGAAGAACCCGAGCUGGAAGAGUCUGUCCCACAGGAAGAGGAUGAUGAAAACCCAGAGACGGGUGAGUGAUUGCAACUUUAAGGCUCUCAUCCGAAAGAGUCGCCUGCUCCAAAUAGAUGCCCAUUUCCUCGUCAUUUUGCUUUUACAGGUGAAACCCCUCCAGAGACACCGCUUAACGAUGAGGCGAUCGCGGAUGCAAUUCUCGACGGCGUCGAGGUGCCGGCAAGAGACGUGGAUCCAAAGACGUCAGAAGAACCCGAGUUGGAGGAGUCUGCCCCACAGGAAGAGCAAGAUGGAAACCCAGAGACGGGUGAGUGAUUGCAACUUUAAGGCUCUCAUCCGAAAGAGUCGCCUGCUCCAAAUAGAUGCCCAUUUCCUCGUCAUUUUGCUUUUACAGGCGAAAUUCUUCCAGAGACACCACUUAAUGAUGAGGAGAUCGCGGAUGCAACCCUCCCGGAAAAUGACGCUGAAACGGAGGAGAAUGCGGAGAGUGCUGUCGAUAAUGAAGAUAAUGGAGAUAAUGAGGAUGCUGACCAAAUUGAAUGA